CUUGCCACUCUCUAUUUCCCCCAGUGCUAGCUCUCUCUCUCUCUCUCUCUCUCAAAUACUGCCCAUGCGGCUUGCCCUCCUCGUUUGAUGAGGCCAAUGGCCAGCAAUGGCAUGGCGUCCGCACCCUCGCCCUUCUUCCCUCCAAACUUCCUCCUCCAAAUGCAGCAGACACCCUCCGAUCAUGAGCAUCAAGAACAGCAUCACCACCACCACCACCACAAGCACCACCUCGCUGCUCCUCCCCUUCAUCCUCACCACAACCCCUUCCUCCCCUCUUCUCAAUGCCCCUCGCUCCAGGACUUCAGAGGUAUGGCGCCAAUAAUGCUGGGGAAGCGUCCGAUGUACGGGGCGGACGUGCAGGUCGUCGGAGGCGAGGAGGUGAACGGCUGCGGCGGCGUGAACGAGGACGAGCUGUCGGACGACGGGUCCCAGGCCGGCGGGGAGAAGAAGCGGCGGCUGAACGUGGAGCAGGUGCGGACGCUGGAGAAGAACUUCGAGCUCGGGAACAAGCUGGAGCCCGAGCGCAAGCUGCAGCUGGCGCGCGCGCUGGGCCUGCAGCCGCGGCAGGUGGCCAUCUGGUUCCAGAACCGGCGGGCGCGGUGGAAGACGAAGCAGCUGGAGAAGGACUACGACGCGCUGAAGCGCCAGCUGGACGCCGUCAAGGCCGACAACGACGCCCUCCUCUCCCACAACAAGAAGCUCCAAGCCGAGAUACUGUCUCUGAAGGGCAGGGAGGCAGGGGGCUCGUCGGAGCUGAUCAACCUCAACAAGGAGACGGAGGCGUCCUGCAGCAACCGCAGCGAGAACAGCUCCGAGAUCAACCUCGACAUCUCGCGCGCGCCGGCGUCCGAGGCCCCCCUGGACCCCACACCGCCGCCCGGCGCCGGCGGCGGCGGCAUGAUCCCUUUCUACCCGCCUUCCGUCGGCGGCCGUCCUGCUUCUGCUGCUGGCGUGGACAUCGACCAGCUCCUGCACACCUCCGCCCCCAAGCUGGAGCAGCACGGCAGCGGCGGCGCCGUCGUCGUCCAGGCCGCGGAAACCGCCAGCUUCGGCAACCUCCUGUGCGGCGUCGACGAGCCGCCGCCGUUCUGGCCGUGGGCCGACCACCAGCACUUCCACUGAUAGAUCGCCUCCUCUUGUCCCCGCCACAAGAAAUAAUAAUUCUCAAUGCCACAAUUGCGAUCAACGUUCGAUGCAGCCAGAUGGAACAGCGGAGGAUCGAUUCUUGGCGAGUGGAGCAGCGAGGGAGAGAGAGAGAGAGAGAGAGCGAGUAAGCAAGGUUGUGUAUGAUCUGAUCGAUCGGCGAGGUCGUAGCUGCGAGAUAUGCGAUGGAGCUAGUAGCUGAUCAUGGUGGAAAGUGGGGUUUGUAAGCGCAAUAAGCGGAGAUGCGGUGUAAUUUAAUUAGGUAGGUUUUGGUUUGAGUUUUGAUAGUAUCUUUAUUUUUGCGUCUUCAUUUUUUUUUUGGUCUUCGCGUUUUGUUCGCUUUUUUUUUUGUUCACACAUAUAUAAAUUUGUGAAUUGUGAUGAAGCGGUGUUGCAA